AGGCAUAUGUGUGGCUCCUCCCGCGGGGUCCUUCAGCAAUAGUGCAAACUAAGAUGGCGGCUGCCGCAGCUUUACAGUUUUCUUCCCAAGUUUCAACUUUAAAUAAUUACAAUGAUUUAUUUCCAGAUUGGACAAACAAAGAAGUCAGCACGGGGACAACCAUCAUGGCUGUGGAGUUUAAUGGUGGAGUCGUGAUGGGUGCAGACUCCCGCACCACCACAGGUGCUUACAUCGCCAACCGCGUGACGGAUAAACUGACUCCCAUCCACGACCGAAUCUUCUGUUGUCGCUCAGGGUCAGCGGCCGAUACUCAGGCCAUCGCCGAUGCCGUCACCUACCAGCUGGGUUUUCACAGUAUCGAGCUGGAUGAAGCUCCUCUGGUCCAGACGGCAGCCAGUUUGUUUCGGGACAUGUGCUACAGGUACAGAGAAGAGCUGAUGGCUGGAAUCAUCGUAGCCGGGUGGGACCAGCGUAGAGGUGGUCAGGUGUACACCGUACCUGUUGGAGGGAUGUUGACCAGACAGCCGGUGUCAGUAGGUGGAUCGGGUAGCAGCUACAUCUAUGGAUACGUGGAUUCAAACUACAGACCUGAAAUGAGCAAAGAAGAGUGUCUCAAGUUCACUGCUGGAGCAUUAACACUAGCCAUGGAGAGAGACGGCUCUAGUGGAGGAGUGGUGAGACUGGCUGUCAUCACUGAACAGGGUGUGGAGAGACAGGUCAUACUGGGAAACCAGCUACCACAGUUCUCCACCGUCUGAAGCUCAGACUCACCUGAUGAUUAAACGCCUUUCUUCAGAUAUCUGUCAUACAAAGUUCAAAUAAACUUGUCUUUAGUCUACCUUU